AUGGGUGAGAAAGAGAAAGAAAGAGCACAACAACGCAGCAGCUGAGCACGUUCGUGUCGUGAAAAGGAAACAGAGCUUGUUUCGUCAGACAAGCCAGUUUCGGAAACUAGUGUCCGUGCGUCUAUUUGCGUGUCUGCGUGUGUGUGUCUGCCCUGUCUGCCCGCGUGCCUGAGCAACCAAUGGUGUCGAAGACCAUCACAGAGAAGGAGAAGGUGUACAUGAACGACAAGUUCUUCCACUUUCUUGAUGAAAUCUACAACUUGAAGGACGCCAGCGGGAACGAGUUUUCCUACGCCUUCCACGCGUUGCCCCUCCGGGCAAACAUCGAGUACUACAAGGUCAUCAAGGUGCCGAUGUCGUACUCCAAAAUCAAAAUGGCCUCCAAACACAAACGCUACACCCAUCCGCAGGCGUUCAUCAACGACCUGGUGCAGAUUUCUUGGAACGCCCGUUUCUUCAACGAAGAGACCUCCGACUACUACAAGUUUGCCAUGAUCUUGGACAGCUUCAUCCGCGAGACCGUUAUCCCAACGCUCGUCGGCGACAAGAACAUCUACAAGCACGACGAGAUCUUCUACCCAAACCUCGGCCCUCUUCCGAACGAGCCCCAGAGCAACGCAGGCAACGCAAGCAACGCCAAGGAAGCAGCCAAAAAUGCUUCCGCUACUGGUGCUUCCUCCGCCACAGCUGCUGCCGCCUCCACGAAUGCAGCAUCCACUCCCGCUGCAGAGGACGAGGAGGACGAGGAGUACAAGGAAGAAGAGGUGAAGCAGGAAGAACGCCGCUACACCCAUGAACCAGAGACGGACUAUAGGGCCAUAACGAACCAGUCGUACAACCCAAAUACAUACGUCGCCACCAUUGAAGACACAGGAAAGUCACACAUAUACACGCCACCAAAACCCAUCACAAACCCGUCGCCAAACAGGCAGGUUUUAGAACAGUGGGUCAAGCGUGGAAGACCGCCAAUCGUCGACAAGCCCCACGAGCAAAGAAUCAAGUCCAUCAUGAGAGGCCUCAAGAAGAUAAAGGUUGGAAACAAGACAAUAGUGUCCUUUUGGGACAAGUUGCCAAGCCAGCAGGAACACCCAGACUAUUUGCGGAUCGUUAAGGAUCCAAUCUCCAUGUUGGACAUUAAGAGCUUGAUCAAGCAGAGAUACUACAAGACAGUGGAUGCCUACGUUUCGGACGUGUUCAAGCUUAUCAACAACAACAGAAAUUACUUUGUUCAUGACGAGUUCAUCAAAAACAACUUGAACAUCUUGGAAACAAACAUAUCGAGGUUAUACCAAAUAGAGAUGUCCAAGCCGGACGUCGAAUACAUGUCUGGUCAGCAGACCAGUAGAUUCCCACUAUCUCAAGUGGUAUUCAAUAAUAGAACUUACAAGGUCGGUAACUGGGUUUUAAUCGCCAAUCCCAACGAUUCAAUGCGUCCGACAGUGGGUCAGAUCUUCAGGUUAUGGCAGCAGGAAGAUGGUGAGAUGUGCAUGAACGUGUGUUGGUACUACCGCCCAGAAUGGACUGUUCACAGAGUUGAUAGGUUGUUUCUCGACAACGAGGUCGUCAAGACUGGUCAGUAUAGAGACCACCUUGUUUCAGAGAUCCUUGGUCCAUGUUAUGUUGCCUACUUCACAAGAUGGCUAAAGGGAGACCCAGGUAUCCCCUUUGAAGGCCCACUUUUUGUGUGUGAGUUCCGAUAUAACGAUAGGGAAAACACUUUUGCGAAAAUUAGAACGUGGAAGGCGUGUUUACCUGAUGAAGUUCGACAUCUCGAGGACCCUAUCAAACCGUUAACCUCCAAUAGAGUCUUGAAGAAGUAUCCAUCUCCUAUUAAAAACCUUUUGGCACCAGGUUCGACACCAAAUAGUCCAAUUCCACAACCAAUUAUCUUAAACCUGAACUCUCCUCCUCUGGUUGGUGCGGUAUAUGUGCCAAGACCAAACGAUGAAGUUGAUCUUCACUAUUUUGACGGUACCUUAUCUGAAUCACAGUGUAAGAGUUAUGUUCCACCAACCACUAACAUUCGUAUCCCAUCUUCAGCAUUGAUUGAUAAUUACAAUAGUGGCGAUGGUCACGAAUCCACUCCUGAAACACAAUUAGGAGGCGACUUCAAUGGAAAUGGAAUGGGUAUCAUGGGUCAUGGCCAUAACUAUAAUGGGAACCACAACAGUCUAAAUAACGGUAUCAACAGCAACAAUCCAGUCAACAAACUUAUGGGCAACCCAUCGUUCAUGACUAUUCCUGCCAACCCAAUGGCCGGUAGUUUAAAAAGAACAAACAAUUCAAUGUCCAGCAUGACUUCGUUCAAGGCAUACACCAAACCAACAAUGAAUUUAAAUGUGUCUCAUGUGUAUCCUGGAUCUCAUAAAAUUAUUAAAUCGCCAUACAAUUUGGGCACUUACUCGUUUUCACAAUAUCAUUCGCCAUCUCCUUCAUUCACGUAUGUUAGGUAUAACGGACAAGAGGAGAAUUUGCAAGAAAUGGUGAAGGCCUCAUAUGCCGGGGUCGACAGGCACAAUUUUGAACGGAUCAACAACAUUGUAAAACAGCAGCAGCACAAUAUGGGAUCUUUCAAUGACGCGUUGGCUGGCGGUAGCCCGCUUGCAGGAAAUCCAGGUAAAAGCGGGAACGUCGAUAAGCAUGCGUUGCUUUGGUUCAGAGGUCCACCGUUGAAGAUUGUAGACCGGAUUUUGGGAGACGAAGUUUACGAUAGUAGGAAAGGAUCCAUCGGCGUGAAGAGAAUUAGAUGUGGCCAUAGUGCUGAAUACAUUGCUUGGAAGAUGAAGAAGCAGAAGCAAUGAAGUGGUGUUACGAUCUUUUCUUGAUGUUUUUAUAGUUGUUGUAUUACAGUGUAUAUGUAGUUUUAAGUUUUUUUUUUAAAAGAAAAAAAAAGAAAAAUUGAAAGCUUUUUUUUAAGUUAAGGGUAUCUUUGUUGGUGAUUAUAAACUACUAUAACAGUGUUACUUGAAGGAGAGGAUUGUAGAAAAUAGAAUCAAGUAAAGAAAGUAAAAGAAAGUAAAUGAACGCGUUGGAUAAUAAAUGAAUAUCCAUAUACAGAGAAAAACAACUAAAUGUAAUUUAUGAUGAUGCAAAUUCUAAC